CCCGGAGUUUUCACAUUGAUUUGCUGGCCUAGAUUGUACCAGCUGGUUUAUAAAACAAAACUUCAGACCCAUUUCUCAGUGAAAGAGAGGUGGUGAUGGGUGACAUCCGUCAAUCGUUGCUGCCCCGCGACGUGCUGAGCGCUGCCAAGGAGCUGCUGUACCACCUGGACAUCUAUAUCUGUAAUCUGGUGCAGUCAGGGAGGCAACCUCCUCAGGUAGACACCAAAACCCUGGAACUGGUGGAGGAGUUUAUUCUGCACGCUCCCAAAGACAGAAAUGCCCCAUCCAGGAGGAUGAGUGCCCUUCAGGAGCUCCAGCUGCUGGAGAUUAUGUGCAGCUGUUUCCAGGAGCAGAGCCGUGACACUGUUCGUCAGCUCAUGUUCUCUGCCCUCUUCAGCCUCCAAGGCAACCAGGCUGACGAAAGCCGCAUGGCACUGCUGGGCAAGCUGGUCUCCAUGGCAAUUGCCAUGGGCCGAGUGCCCAUCUUGGAGUGCACUGCUACCUGGUUACAGAGGACCCACCGCGUGUACUGUGUACGCUUGGCCCAGGUGCUCGUAGAUGACUACUGUAACCUGGUGCCAGGCUCCGUGCCCACCCUGCAGAACAUCCACAGCUCCAGCCCACGCUUCUGCUGCCAGUUCAUCACGGCGGUCACCACACUCUACGACCUCACCUCAGGGGACCUGACUCCUCCCCCAGAGCUCCUCCAGAUGAUUGUGUCGUGGCUCCAAGAUGACCCCCGCCUUGUCCUCAUCACCCUCAUGAACACACCAACCCUCCCUGGCAGCCAGACAAUCAGCUCUCUUGAUCUCACACCGCUGGGGGGACUGGUACGCUGGUGCGUCAAGGCCCCGUUAGCCUACCGGAGGGACAAGAAGCAGGCCCUGACCAAUGGGACCACAGAGAGUGAAGUGGAGACGGGACCUCUCUUCUCCGCUCUACAUCUGAGUGUUCUACAGGUUUUCAUGCUCCUGCCUACUGUACUGAACGACAAGGGGCUCUUUGGUCGCCUGGCACUGCUCCACAUGGAUUCCCUGGCUGCACUGAUAUCUGACCUCUCCCGCCUGCUGGACCAGGUCGACAAACAGACACACUCAUCACCCACCGACACACACGCACUCUCCCAGCUAGCCCUGGACCGGCUGGCACAGGCCCUGCAGGUGGCCAUGGCCAACGGAGCACUGCUCUGCUCCAGAGAGGACCUGAGGGCCAUCUGUUCACGCCUCCCGCACAACAAUUUGCUCCAGCUGGUGAUGUCGGGCCCUGUGAUGUACUACAACAACAUCCAUACUCCACCGCUGGCCUUCAGCCCUCAUGCCUCUCACUCCCCCAUAGCCUCACAUCCUACACAUCCCCCUCUAGCCUCUCAUCCUUCCUCUCACCCACAGUAUCCAUCUCAGCCUUUUCUAUCAGGGAUGCCAUUCCCCUUCCGACCCAACCACUAAAACAAAUGUUUGAUCCUACGGGAGGAUGUAAAGAUAUGUGUGCAUGUGCUGGAUGAUAAGAGGUACUUUGGAGUGUGUGUGUGUGUGUGUGUGUGUGUGUGUGUGUGUGUGUGUGUGUGUGUGUGUGUGUGUGUGCGUGCUCAUGCCUUGUAUACAUGCCUGUAUGUGAAAGACUGUAUGAUGUACUUUAUUAUCUAUUACUAUGAUGCUUAACACAUUUGGUUAUGGCCAAGUCUAUUGUGAGGCUAAUGUGUUUGUCCAAUAAAUAUUUUUUU